AUGCCAAAAAAGUCAAAAGCAGACUCAAGUGAUACAGAGGCUUCAGAUAAUUCUUCUAUUGUUUGGUCACAAGUCAUGGAUGAUGUGUUAAUUGACGCAUACCACCAUGAGCAUGUUGACGGAAAUAGGGUUGGUGGAACAUUCACUUCAACUGCAUUGAAUAAUAUACUAAGGAAACUUCAAGAUAAAUUUCCUGGCAAACUUUUCACAAAGGAGAAACUUCACAAUCGUGUCAAGGUUAUUAAAAGGCAGUUUACCAGGUGUUAUGAUAUAUUUCAAAAUGGUGGAUUGAGUGGGUUUGCAUGGGAUCCUACCACAAACAAGUGGUGUGCCGAAUCAGAAGUAUGGGAUCAAUUAAUUCAGGCUAAGCCGGCAGCUAAGGAAUGGAAGGACAAGCAAUUCAGAAAUUUUGAUAAGUUACUUGUAAUAUAUGAAAAAGAUAGAGCUACUGAAAAGUAUGCUGAGGCUGGACCAGAAAUGUUGAGAAGAUGUGCUCGUGACAAUUGAAAAGACCAAGUACUACCUCUGCGACAAUUGAUGAUAUAGAUGAACUGGUUUCUGAGAAUGUUGCCUCCCUGGAAAAUACAGAGGAAUAUGGUCAAGCUGAGCAUGAGCAACCAACUGAUGCUGCCGCUAAAUUGAAUGUCUCUUCACGAACACCGUUAACUAAUAAGACUAAACGCGCAAAACAAGAUCAUGUUGGAGAAAUGGCUACUUUGUUGAGAGGCGGGCUGGAUCAUUUGGCAAGUGCCAUCAACCGUCUUUCAACACUACCACCGAUUCCAGAGUCUGAGAUAUGGGCAAUGGUAAAUGAGAUGGGAUUGGAACCGACUUUGAUCACAAGAGCUUAUUCAUAUAUUUGUCAACAUGCAGACUUUUGUCGAAUGCUGAUUGGAGCCGCAUGGGAAGCACGCAAAUCACUAGUGUUGUCCGCGAUGUGUGAUGAAAAUUGAGUUAGACUAGUAUUCUUGAUCUUAUUAUUAUUACCUAGUAGUGGGUUUUAGUAAUCGGAAAAGGGCCAAAAUUACCCCUGAACUUUGAAAAAUAGUUCAUCCAUACCCUUCGUUAUACUUUAGGGCCAAUUAUACCCUUACAGUUAUACUAUGGGAUCAAUUAUACCCUUAUGUCUAACUGCUGUCACGUGGCAUCAUCC